GUGAGCUUGGCUGGGGCCACUCUGAAUCCACACUUGGGCACUAACCGGCGCAGGAUGUUACUACUAGUGGUUAGUAGGGUCAAUAGCCCGAGGCAAGCGUCCUCGAAAUAUAAAAGUGUUCAGCUCUCUGCCUUGCACGUGGGGCAGAGUAAACAGGAUAGUUUAAUACUCUCGAGUAGAUUGUUGAAGGGUCGAGUUCGAGACAAAUCGGAAGAAGCGGCCAUGGGAAACCCCAAAAUCGGCGAAAGGGUCACGGUUUGUGGCUACUCGUUUACUUGGACAGAAGACCAUCUAUCCAAAGAGGAGAUAGAGCCAUUCCGCCAGCAGUACGACACUUUGGGCGCGGCUGCCCUAGAAAGAAUCCAGGCGAUCCGUCAAGAGAGCGAGACAAAGUCGGCAGAUGUCUAUGAGAUCUUGCGCGAGCACCACACGACCGAUCCAAUUCUCGCUAAAUUCUGGGAUGAAGUCCAUACGGUUCCCGACUGGGUAGACUGGGACCAGCUUACUCGGGGCCAGACGUUCUUUUAUCGGUAUGCCAUUGCGAACAUUGUGGGCUUCGCACUGCAGGGCUUUAUGGCAGAGAACUCGGCCGCCCCAGGCGUUGUCGAAGUACUCGUCCGCACUGGGGGCUUCUCGACACGCAUGCUUCUCGGCCGCCUCCUCGAGACCUUUCAAUGGCUCAUCCAGGUCACGCAGAACGCAGCUUCAAUAAAACCUGACGGCGAGGGACAUAUCGCAACCGUCCGAGUCCGCCUCUUACACUCAUCGGUCCGCCAUCGGGUUCUCCAACUCUGCCAGCGACGCCCAGACUAUUUCGACACGCAGACUUACGGCAUCCCCGUCAACACCCUCGACAGUAUACACUCGAUCAGCACCUUCUGCUGCAAUCCGAUGUGGCUGCAAUUGCCCAUGUUUGGUCUGAUCCCGCUUGAUGACAGGCAGAUCGCGGAUUAUAUCGCUGUCUUCCGGUAUCUAGCGUACCUCCUCGGCACGCCAACGAGCUACUUCGAGACGGUCGAAAAGGCAAAGUGUGCGAUGGAGAGUUUCCUCGUGCACGAGGUACGCACGACAGAGACCUCACGGACGGUAGCGUACAACUUUCUAGAGUGCGUGACGAACCUGCCCCCACCGUUCAGUGUCUCAAGCGGAUUUGUCGCGGCGGGAAGUCGCUGGAUCAACGGCGAUGCGCUGUGCGAUGAGCUUGAGCUGGAAAGACCGGGUAUCGUAUAUCGACUGUCGUUUGUGGGCUUCGUGAUAUUUGCAACUGUCCUUGCCUGGGUGCAGAAAGUUAUACCGGGAGUCGAUUCAUUCAUGGUCAACUUCUUCCGGACAAACCUAUACGCAGGAAUCGUUCAGCGCAAGUCGCGGACGCGGUUUGACUUUAAAUACGUCCCGCAGAUGGGAAGGAAGACCGGGAAAGAGGCGUAUGCUUCCAAAGGUCAGAGUGCAGCCAAGCGUAUGGAUAUCGGGCUUGCGGAGAUGGUUUUCCUAGGUGUUCUGGGUGGGAGCGUGCUUAUGACUAUUGGGGCAGUGGCUGGGGUAUUGAGGUAUACGCCGACCUUGCUUGCAUCCGUGUCUGGAACCUUGACAUAAUGUCGGGGAAAGUAUGAGGUCGUGCUAGUACUAGAUCCGGGCUUAGAUCCAUACAGGGAAGGCACGUUGAAAGAUUACGACUGAAAAGGAAGGAGCGACCGGUACCACAACCAUUGCACCUUCCUUGCGAGGACGAAUAAUCAGAUUCCGGUCAGGAAGGUACGAUCAGAAGUAUAGAAUUGGAAAGAACGAUGGGUCAUCAAACUUAUAAAGUAGAGUGCCUUGUCUGCCAUAGUACUUGGACUGUCAGCAUGACAUAGUAAGGUCCCCAAGAAGAGGGAAGGAAUGCAUCUCCAUUGCGGCCUCCAAGGCAGCGAUAUUUGCGGCAAUCGCAAUCUGAAUAAAUCCAUUACAACUUCCAUC